GAUUUCUUCUAGUGCCAGUUGUAGCUAUUUCAAGGCUCUCGUCUUCCGCUGAGCAUACAGAGUACAACUAGACAAGAAUAACUUCCCCAUACUUCUCGCAACAUGUGCUAGGUUGAAGAUGGCUUUUCAAAGUUCACAUCUGAAAAUGCUUAACCCAACUUAACGUCUUGAGUUUUUUUUUUUGUUUUGUUAUGAAGAAGAAACCCAUUUAUUUUGCAAGAACAAUAUUAUAUUCGACUGCAAUUUUUUGGCAAUGCCUCACUCCCGUCCAAGGAGCCCAACCAAUAUUCCCGAGGUCAACUGGGAUACCGGACUGAAGGAAAUGAAUGAGACCUGGAAAGGAGCCGUCGCCUGUGUCGGGGUCGCAAUCUUCUUCAUUAUGACAAUUGGAAUUAUCUACUGGCAGGUGAUGGACCAACCUAACAAAAACUGGAUCUUGAAAGGACGGGUCAGUGGACUCAUUUGGGAGAGAAAUACUCACACUUUGAUACUGCAGACUUUGAACGAAGAAAAAACUUUUGUGGAGAUAGACGUAGGCAACUUUCCUGAUAUGGAGCAAAAUUUUGUUAAGAAUUUGUGUUGGCUCAAUAAGACCGAAUUUUGUUAUACCUGGGAUUCCAUUACGGACCUGAAGAUUAGUUUAGAACACAAUUACUCAGCUGGUACUGAGUGUUAUAAUAUUAUCUGGACCCCAAUACACUGUGAUGUGAAGCUCAAGGAUUGCUUUUCAAUGAAGAACAUAUCAUGGUAUGGUGGAGCAAUCCUUAGUGCUCAACGCUGGCCGAUGAACUUUGUCAAUGCGGCUUUACAGCCAUUUGUGAUCAGUAACCUUAAAUCCAGUGCUGGUGCUUAUGGAUCUGUUUUAGAAAGAUAUUUCCUGGGAUCAACUGGUGUUUCAGUGGUGAUCAACCCACGUGUUCCACUUUUCAUGUCCAUUGAGAAAAACAAGUCAUUUUGUGUAAAGACACCUGCAAGCACAGAGAGGCUCCCUCUACAAUAUACAAUCUGCAUUGGACAGAAUAUCCGAUCUGUUCACCAAGAUGUAGGACUCCAUCUUUAUGAAAACCAAAGGACGCUUCCAAACAUCAAUAUUUUCAGGAUGCCAGUCUGGAGACACUAUGGUAGAUCAGACUCUGCUGCAAAACUUGAAAGAGAAGUCAAAUCGUUCCAUAAUAAAUUAAAGAGGUACGGCCUAGGAGAAUGCCUCAUAUCUCUCAAUGAACAUUCCACUAAGUUACUUUCUAGCAAGGACCACAUACAUAAUACAGACCAAGCAGGAGAGACUCACAGACAUCGCAGGGAUCCAUAUACCCUUAAGCACCUCAAUCUCUCAGUAACUACAUCCCCAUAUGCAAGUUUUGACUGCGAGGAACUUCAAGAUUAUCUACAUAAGGGACAGGAAAACUACUGGCUCAGUCUCCCUUCAAAAUUAGAUGGAUCAAUGGCACCAAUUCUGACAAGAUGGAAAGGCCAAUUUUCCGUGAGAUUGAAUAUAAGCAACAAUGGUGCUUCUAGAUGGUACUUGAAUAAUGUAAAAAGUUUGAUCAGCAAACUUGGUCCUAAAUACAUCAUGUUUGAAGGGGCAGGAGGCAACACAUUUCUAGAACAAUCCAUACAACCUCCAAGAGGCUUUGAGGCUGACCGAUAUACAGAAAUGUUAGUUGGAGCAGUAACAAAUUUGGGAAAUUCUGCAAUAGUUACAGCAUGUACAAGGUCCAGCUAUCUGCCAUUCUUCAUCCAAAUGAGCCCUCUGCAGUCAGACUGGAGCUACAGUGGCCUGAAAGGAAUCAUCCCAUCUCUGCUGCACUACAGUUUGCUAGGAUACAAUUUUUUCAUUCCAGAUGCAAUAGGUGGAACUCUAAGUGGGGAAUUUGUAACAGAAGAGGAACUGUUUAUCCGUUGGCUACAAAUUGUCACCUUUCUACCUGUGAUGUCUUUUAAUACACCUCCGUGGGUUUGCUGCGACAACUGGGUACUCAAUCUUACAAAGCGGUACAUACAAAGACACCAAGACCUAGUUGUUCCCCUACUGAUGAAAUACACAUAUGAAUGGCUUAGGACAGGAAACCCCAUCUACAGGCCUGUCUGGUGGCUCAGCCCAGAGGACCCAGUGGCUUUCACAACGGAUGAUGAGUUUCUUAUUGGAGAUGAGAUGCUGAUUGCACCAAUCACCGAAAAAGGUCAUUUCCACCGAGAUAUUUACCUUCCUGGAAAGGGUUGCCAAUGGAUGGACACCAAUACGUCACAGGUGUUUGAUGGAGGAACCAUGCUACAAAACUAUAGCUGUGGCCUGCAGGAAAUUCCAGUUUUUAUAAAGAAAAUCUAAUAUAUGUAAAACUGUUACAGGUACUCACAGCCAUUUGAUUGUAUUUGCCAGGACAAGUGAUUUAAUGUAUAUUUUCCAUAAUAGGUCAAGGUAUGUGGCACAAAUGAUCACAUCUGAUGAAUUCAUGUCAUUAAAACUGGAUGAACAAAAGGCCAGGUUUGAAUGUUUAACUUGGUGAGCAGUAUACAAGUGGUAGUUGUGCUGAGCCAUAUCAAUAGAAAUGAAAAUUAGAGGAAUAUUUAGAGGUGAUCAAAGAUAGUGUCCGUGUUCACCCGAUCCGCUCUGCAGAUGGAUGGAAAAAUAGGAUUUUCCUCCGUCUGCAGAAUCGGAGCAUAGUGGACACUAAUGAGAUCGGGUG